CGCGCUGGAUGGAACCGACCGGUUGCGUUGGGCUGAGGUCAGAAGCAUAAAAAAGGUAGCUGUCCGGGAAGCCGAGGAGCAUAGAGGCUUCGAAAACGCUGUCAAUAGUGUCCAUAGUGUCCAUAGUAACAUGUCAUGAUGCGAUUUCUUUGUUUGAUAAGCGUGUGUGCCGCUUUGCGGACGCCGGCCCCGUUGAGCAAAAUGACGAACGCGGCGCAGCGGACGCUCGCGAACCUCCCGGCGGUACGAACGGCCGUAGUAGACGCAGCGCACCGCGCCCUCGACGGCUGCGGCGUGUCGGUUCCUGUAAAUGACCCGUCGGCGUCGCCGGAAGCGGUCAAGGCCCAGGUCGGCGCCGUCGCCGCGACGAUCAAAGCCAAGACCCACGAGGUCACGAAAGAGGCGCUCCACGAGCUCACGGACGUCGUCGACCACGUGAGAGCGGCGACGCCGUCCCUCCGGAACCUCCGAGGUAAAAAGAACAACAUCCUCAAGGCGCCCGAGGAGCGCAUCCAGGCCGAGGGCCACGCCGACGUGGCCCGGGCGGCCAUGGACGCUGUUUUACCGGCAUCGGUGGCGCUGCUCGCGCUGGGCGCGGCCGGCGCGGCGCCGUGGCCCGCGGCGGCGUGGGCCCUCGCCGAGGUUUGUAGUAGGUCCUACGCGUUUGUGGUGGACGACGUUGGCGGGAAGGAGACCGUGCCGCCGCCGUCCGGGAACACGCGGUUAUUAUGGCGACGAUGUCUGGAGAACUGCGACGACGUCGUUUCCUAUGUGGAGGGCUGGUUCUACGGUGCACAAUUUGAUUCCCUUACGAGAGGAGACAUCGAGGCGUGGCUGUCGGGCAACGUGUUUGGUGCUGCGGCAUCGGACCAUCGCCAGAAGCGGCAGCUGAGCUGGAUGGUCCGUGGGUCAGAGCAUAAAAUGAACUUGAACGUGAUGUGGUCGCGGCGGUGGCGUCUUCAUGAGACCACGUCGCCUCGACGCCGUCGACGUGGCCGUCGGAGAGUCUACGCGUCUCGUGAACGAAUACGGUAUCAAUCAACGCAGGUCGAGCGCCUCGAGGAGCGCCUAAGCAGCGACCGGCAGACAUCGUUUGUCUUCCCAUCUGGAGAUGCAACACACGAGUACAUGUGCGCCCAGCAGGCGUCGGCGCCGAGCAAGCACCACCCGCUCCUCGUCUACGCCAUCGUCGACGCCGCGAAGAACGCCCAGUUUUUGGCGUUAAAAAAGCGGGGCUUCAAGCGCUACUCGACGGGCACAUCGACCUACUGGCGCCGCGAAGCCCAGGAACCGGUGGACGGCGCCACACCCCUAAUCUUCGCGCACGGAAUUGGGAUUGGAUUCCUGCCCUAUCACAACCUCAUCGGGGAUCUGGUCGACGGGUGCGAGAGCGACGGGGCGCCCAUGUACCUGUUGGAGUUGCCCGCGCUCGCCUUGACGCGUUUUGGUAGAGAACUCCCGUCACCCAAGGAAUUAGGUGAGGCGGCGUCGCGCAUGUUAACUGAACAUGACGACCCGGCGGCCUGCUGGGUGGGGCACUCCUUCGGGACCGUCGCGAUUACCUACGCGCUGAAGUACGCCCCUUCUACGGUCGCGUCGUGCGCUCUGAUCGAGCCCGUUUGCUUCCACCUGCACUUACCAGAUGUCUCUAGAGGUUUCUUAUUUAAGGAGACGCAGGAUCCCAUUUUGGACAUCCUGCGGACGGACCCGGCCAUCUCGUUCAGUCUGAGGAAGCGCUUCUGGUGGCAGGAGGCCGUGCUCUGGGUCGAGGACCUGCGGGGGCGCAAGUGCGACGUGUUUUUGAGCUCGAAAGAUGAUAUUGUCCCUUCGGCGUCCGUGGUGGAGUAUUUGAAGGAUACUGACGUAGGAGUACAUAACCUGGGCGAACGGGGCCACGGCACCUGGCAAUACGAUGCUGACGUCGCUGCGGAUGUCAUUUCCAAGGCACUGGCGCUACGACGGCAACCGAGCGAAAAAAGAUUGAGUAUUAAAUGGCCCGGCGACGACGUGUCCAUCGUAGAUUCGCUCCGUUCGUCCUUGCCGGACCCCGAGCCCUUCGUCGAUGUUAUGUCGAGGGCGUUGUACGGGGACGUCUACGGGGCGGUCUAAAGUUAAUAACAAG